CUCAUGGUCGCUGUACACUGCGCCGGCUCUUCUCGAGUCGUCCAUUCGAUAGGUUCUAUCGCACCCAUCACAAUGAGACUCUCCUUGAACAGGGCCACUCGUUUGCUUCUCGCUUUCUAUGCGGGACUGGCUGUCGCCACAGCGUCCCGGCCUUCGCCUCCCCCAUAUGACUCUUCCAACCAGGUUCCUAUUUUACCACCUCAUAUUCCUCAAGGAGAGGGCCACGGCCCAGGCCAUGGACACCAUGAGUUUACUCUCCGUCAUAUCUACCACCGCGGUACAUACGAAGACCCAGAUCUUCAUUUGCGACUCGAUGUAACACCGGAAACACGUUUACAAGUUAUCUCCGAGGACACAGGCUUACCUGAGCCUGUGGAAACCCACCUGGAGCCUUUGAUCGCAAAGUCUAGUUCCUUAAACAUUCAUAGGCUCGCGGACCGCCGACCAUCUGUAAUCGAGAGCCAUCUUGCCUACGCCAGAUCUUCGGGAGCUGCCAUCGCGUUAUCUGACGAUGCCUGGGUUAUGGACGAAGUUGAUGGACCGGAUGUCACUAGCAAGGAAACCGUGCUUACUUUCGCGAAGAUGACCGCGAAUGACUAUAUUGAGGAGCCAGGCACUGGCGAUUGGAAUCAGAUCAGUGGGCGCUUCAACUGGUCAGCAAGUUUUGGAUGGCAGGGAGAUGGGCUGAGAGGUCAUAUCUACGCAGAUGAGACCAACAGCACUAUUAUCUUGUCGUUGAAAGGCACUUCCCCAGCGCUGUUCGAUGGAGCGGAGACCACGACGAAUGACAAAUUAAACGACAAUCUGUACUUCAGUUGCUGUUGCGGCCAGGGUGGCUCUUAUCUUUGGCGUCAAGUAUGUGACUGCUCCACGUCGGUCUUUACAGCCAACUUGACUUGCAUAACCGAGGCUCUUCAUGAUAGAAAUCGGUAUUAUGAGUCUGCCAUUGACUUGUACACCAACGUUACCCAGGUCUAUCCGAAUGCGAACGUGUGGCUCACGGGCCAUUCUCUUGGUGGAUCUAUGAGUGCACUUCUCGCUCUUACGUUCGGCCUUCCGACUUUUGCCUUUGAAGCUAUACCUGAUGCACUUCCCGCAGCAAGACUUGGACUACCCACGCCUCCUGGGUAUAAUCCUAUGCUACCUCAAUUCCGGAGGAAUACUGGUGUAUUCCAUAUUGGCCAUACUGCAGACCCCAUCUACAUGGGAACAUGCAAUGGUGUUGGCUCUACCUGCACUUGGUUUGGAUACUCUUUUGAGUCUGCAUGCCAUACUGGGCAAAUGUGCGUCUAUGACACGGUCGAGGAUAAAGGCUGGAGGAUGGGUAUUGGGACGCAUCGAAUCAAGAGUGUGAUCAGUGAUGUUUUGGAAGUGUAUGACGAGGUUCCACCAUGCGCAGCAGAAGAAGAAUGUUAUGAUUGCCAAUUGUGGAAGUUUUACAAGAGCAAUGGGUCAGAAAUUACUACUACUAGCACAUCCUUCACGUCAACAUCGACAUCAGCUACCAGAACUUCAACGUGCGAAACACCAGGAUGGUGGGGUUGCCUGGACAAAACGACCACAGAUAGUAUCACUUCCUCUACAAGUGUUUUAACGACGACUACGUCUACAUGCGAGACCCCAGGAUGGUUCGGAUGUAAAGAUCCAACUACGACUACAACCACCACCACCACCACUGCAAUAUCAUAUCCCUCGCAAACACUGACGCAGCCUUCAUAUACAUCUACAUGCUUGGACCCCGGCUGGUUCGGCUGUCGUGACCCGACAGAAUCAACACCGCUUUCGACUACUAUCCCGUCAUCAACGACAUGCCAUUCUCCGGGCGUCAUUUGGGGCUGCCAUGAUUCUACCACUACUUCCGUUGGACAUGUAAUCACCCCUGCCCCAACUUUAUAACCACCAGUCGAUGAAAGAAUUUACGUUUAUGCUCUUUGACUUUUCUUUUUUGAAUACACUCAUCUGUUGACUCUUUAUUUGAACUGUGUUGGUUUUUUUGUUUCUCGAUUCAGGCGUCUUUGGAUCUAGUACCAUCAUGCACACUGCUAUGCAAGAGCCAGUUUCAGGCUUAUACUUAGAUACACCUUUGCGGAGUUUAUUAUGGUGGUUUUGACUGAUUACAAGCAUCCAGAUGUCGUUCUGGCAUAGCUACCAGGCUAUAUUUGCACAUAGAUACCAUAGCCAGUGCAAUCAAUUUCAUAAGAAUUUUCA